AUGCAGCAAACUCCCGAGGUGCAAAGUAGUAGCAUGAUUCGUGCUGCCCGAAGAGUCUCUAGCUGCCUAUCCGUCAAGACUUCAGUCACUAGAGUUUCUGGAAUGAAAGCUCUUCUCCCUUUGACACUCUCUACUACCUCUUUUGAUACACAAGUAUACAGACCACAACAAGCCGAAGAGUUUGAGUCUCCAACUACCACUAUCAACCGCUUCACGUUUGGAGGACACGACGAAUCUCCCAAAAAGCAAAAGUCACCGAGAUCCAAGAAUCUUUCACGAAGAGGUGGUAACUUUCCUCGCUUGCCACUAUACAUUCGUCCAGAACGUUGUGAUAUACCUGUAUACACAGAACACGGCUCUCCGGUUCCUAGUCCGGCCUACUUUACUUCACAGUUUUCAAAUUCGAACAAUCUUUCUCCGACGCACUCAUCAUCGGAUGAAGACUGGGCUGCUGCAUGUUCUAGUCUAAAUACUGAGACUUCUCGUCCCACUGAUAGAAUGUACACCUUGGCAUGACCAACCUCCACCUCUAUGAUGACAUAGUGCUAACUCUUUCAGGAUGCUAUCAAGAUAUCCCCAGACCAAUCAUUUGGUAGUUCAACUAACGGAAAGGAUGCAAAGUCAUACGACAGCUCCGAGAUGUCGUUCCAAUGUUUGGGUGAACAUGGUGAUGUCAAAGAGCCAGAUGGAUCCAAGAACCACUACGAUGAAAUGGCCAAUCUUGACCCCAUGUGCUUGCCAGAUAUACUCGCCCAAAGUAUGCCUCCAGAAUGUAUAGUUUGAGGGUUGGCUUGGCUCAGCUCACAGCACUGAUGAUGAGUGUGGUUCUGUAAGUAACACGACUACCGUACCCAAGCUUUUACUAAACUCUCUUAGAUAUCUGAAGCCUUACCUCCUCCAGUAUCAAUGGGUAGAGCUUCAACAGCAUUCGAUUCGGCGUUCGAAUUGCAACCAGGUUCCUCGUCUAUAACAGGAGCUCGACCAACCAUGAUCUGGAAUUCCAGAAGCAAAAUACGAACUAAUGGUAUGACAACCUACAACAGUAGCCCUUUGACUGCCUACGACAGCCACGCUCCAUCACCAACAUUCGAUACUGAGUCAAUUGCCUCAAGUGCCACGUCCCACGAUGAGCCACCCACCCCGCCUCCAAAGGAAAGGAACUAUUCUCCCCGAAUACCCUCCCCACGGCAUCUCAUCUAGCAACCCAUUCCAGCAUCCACAGCCGAAUAACCUUACCCUAGACGUUCGCGAAAAAAACGCAAAUCUGCAUGGCUGCGCACUAUCCAUAAUCGAAGAACUUAUUCGUUAUUUCCCAUUCAGUACGUUCAUCGAUUACAGACAUCACAUCUACACCGUACGAACACAAAUACAUGUCUACACCUCACAGCCAACAAGUGACCUCCUUUCCUUAAUGCCUCUGAAGCAAUCACCUAUAACACCCUCACCAUUAACACCCAGUAAAUCCCCACCUUCGAGACGGAUGACCCUUUCCCUUUCUUCUCUUACACGAACACGCACUGCUUUCACAGCUCGAUCUAGGACACCUUCGCCAUCCCCGUGUCCCGACAAAGGCAUCAAUCGGACGACAUUCGGAAAAGCAAGACCGGAAACGGGUGACAAGGACAAACAACCACAGCCGGCUCAGGGAAGGAUAAACACACAUCUCGAUCUCGAGCCUCUGCAAAGGAUCUUCCCCAAUGCUACGGGUGCCAUGAUCCAAGCCCUCUACGCCUACCUCCUAGCCUACAUCCUCCUCGAACACAUCCGUCCCCCUCCUACCACUUUCCCCCCUCACACCCACACUCACCCCACCACCCCCUCCCGACGCGCAAACUCCAUCGCAACCACCUCCCCAACCCGCACCCCCUCCAAAGCCGCCGAUCGCCUCAGCAUCCCCUUCCCAUCCCCCUCCCACCCAAACGACAACCCAGAAUGCAAUCCCCAAGUCACGGGCCUGAUCCAGGAUUUUGUACUUGCGCAGCGGAUCCGCGAUGUGAGGGGGUGCUUGGAAAGGAGUAUUUUCUGUUUGCGUCGGGGUGGUGGGGGGGAUGGAGAUGGAGUCGUGGGAGGGGAUCGAGGAUAUGGGGUUGAGGGAGAGGAAGAGGGUCCGAAGGCGUUUUUGGAGGGUGUUUUGGGGAGGUGUUUGGUUGAGGUUGUUAGGGGGUGUGAGGGUGGGGGAAGGGUGGGGGAGUAG